AUGGAUUCAGAGGACGAUGAUGCUAUGUAUGACGACGAGCAAGAGGACAGCUUUAACGAAUCCGGCUCGGAAGAAGGCGAUGAAAGUGACUUCGACAUCGAUUGCGAUGAACCCUCAACUCCGAAGAGACCUCACAUAAAUGACGAUUUUCAUUACGAAUGUCUAACUCCUGAAGCUUUAGUCAGUUAUAUGAAUGAUAUCAUCGAUGAAGUAAAUAAUGUUUUUCAGGUAGGUGUCCGAGGUCUCGCGGAAGUACGUAAGUUUUUAAGCUUGAGUUUUACGUAUUCCUCAAUGUAUGCAAACAAAAACAAUGCACCGUGCAUUGCAUGGUAGAUCUUGCUGGCGAUAUUCUAAAAGAAACGGUGGUUUUGACAAACUGCUGAGUACUAUAGGAUUUCAAUACUUUAAUUUUAUACUACAAGAAUAAAUGAAGGAUUUAAUUAAGCAGUUAUCUGGUGGUUUUAGGGGUUUUCAAAAAGCUUAUAAUUUUUCAUCUUUUGUGUUCUAAAAAUUGCUAAUCUGGAAAUUUGCUGAUUCUACCAUUUGGAGAUUUUUUGCUGAUUACAAAGAUUUAAGACGCUUCUGUUGAGUAGCUCCGGUCAAUGUCUUUGUGAUUUUCUUUGAUUUACUGGUGAUAACCAUACUAAAGAGGAACUAUUAUGAGCUUUUUUAGCUUAUUAUUCCAAAAACAUUAAUGCCUCUGAUGCUGAGGUAAUUAAUAUGGAGCAUAAGCCAUGGAGAAUUUCUUCCUGGACUAAGGAAGCUGACUCAUUUCUAGGCUUGAUUACCAGCCGGGGUGUUCAAGAAAAUGAGCCCGGAAAUCGGCAGAAAUCGAGCCUAACACAAUCACUCACCAGAGAGUUGUGAAGUUAGAUUUUUUAUUGUGUGUUUUUGCAGUUUCAGUUUAACUGUUAUGCAAAAUGAUAGUCUCAUCAACAAAUGCAGCGAAUUAAAAUUCUGUGAAAUUGCCCUUUUUAAGAGGCCCCCUUAGGGGGUUUACGUAUGUCACUAGUCUGAAUUUCAAAUAUCGGCAUUUCACAUUUUGAGGAGUAGGCCAUGUCCCUGUCGGUAUUUAACCCAUCGUUAUGUUGUUUUUCACCAUUUCAUCUAGUCUUAUGUCACUGUUUCAAGGCCCUGUCUCUUGUGGGAAUUUUACCCUAACCUGGCCUCUCUUAAGUUUUAGCCUUGCCAUUUACAAUAUCAGGGCUUGAAAUUAAAAAAAUCUUCAGGUCGCCUUUUGGCGACCAACCGGAGAAAUAUAGUCGCCGGAUGCAAAUUUUUAGUCGCCAGUUUGUAAAAUGUAAAUGACGCAGCUCAUAGGUAGCCGUGAAAUUCACAAAAACAUGCGAAAUACAGCGAAAUUCAGUAGAAAUCUUAUCAAAUACAUGUCUGUACAACAUAUUUGAAACUUAUCUCAGCUAUUGGGGUAUAAAUGAACGGCAUUUGAACGUUUAAAUAGAACUAUGAACUGUGACUUUGCACGUUUAUUGCAGGGCUUUGAUGGUCUGCAUCUAAUACAACACUUUUUGACCCGUGAUCGGAACUACAAUUCCCGAAACCCAUUGGUUCAUUUCUGAAACGUAUUGUUGUUGAAAGAGCAAAAUGACCUCUGUUAGAAAAACGUUAAUAAAGCUGGUCCGAUUGGCCCAAAACCGAUCGUAUCUGACAAAAUUUUCCCUCAAAAAUACCUACAAUAUCGGCCUUUUUUACCGAUUAAUUUUCGGCUAAGUUUGCCCCAAACAUUCCCGUGAAAGUGCCGCAAAAUCGGCCGAUUUUUCUGCGAAUUUGCCCCUAAAAAUCCCGCGAAAUUUUACUUUUUUCCGCUGCCUAUCAGAAGCCCAGCAUAGUAUGGCGCGAUCCAUCAGAUUUGAAAAUAUCAUGAAGUCGGUAUAAAUUUGGAGGUAAACUGGCUUUGUUUAUGCGAUUUGGCACAUUUUUCAUGAUGAAACUAAAGCAAGGAGAAAAUGUUAGUCGCAUUGGCGACCGUAUCAGUCGCAAUUUCGAGCCCUGAAUAUUGUAUUAUAAUGUGCAUAUACAGGGCAUCACUUACAUUAUAUAAAGAGGUCAUUUUAAAGAAACUUUGAUUCGUUCUGUGUUGUUUGAUGAAACAUAAAUGUUUUUGGUAUUUUGAGAAUCCAAGGAAGAUCAUUACAUGAAAGGGCCUUGCUGGUGAGAAAGAGCGAGAGUUUAAAACAAAACUUUUGUGUCCUCAGUCUCCCUUGAAGAGUUAAAUCUCAGGAUAAAAUCAGCAUCCUCUGGCAGAAUUUAGAUUGUGUAAAAACAUGAGGUACCAAACUCAUACACAAGCUGUAGUGUCAGGGCUGCCACUCGGAUUUUAGGUUGUUGGGUAUAUGCAAAUUUUAAGUAAGAGAUUUAACAGUCAGGUAUCGGUUGUUCAAAGGCUGCAUAGUGCUGUCCACUGGAUAACUCUCUAUCCAGUGGAUAAAAAAAUUAGUUUCCCCAAUACUUAGCUGCUGGAUAGUGAUUUAUCCGGUAGAUAGCACUAUCCAAUGUUUUAACAACCAGGACCAGGAACUUUUUUAUCUCUUUUCCUUGUAGAAGUAGCUGGUGCUCAAGCUCAUAGUUUCUAGGGGAAUUCCCUGGAACUCAGCCAUUAUUGACUGUCCCAUGAAAUUUGCAUGCUUGGUAUUCAACCCAGUUUUUGUAGUCUGAAUAAGUUAGGAAUAAUUAUGUAUAUCUGUUGAAUAUGAUGCCAGUCUAUUGCAGUGCCAUCUACAGUGUCAUGUCUGUAGCUUUAACACUGAUCUUUACCUUUUACAUUGCAAGUUGAACAAACUUCUCCAGGGUGACUCCUCCAUGUGUCCAUGGGCACAGAUAUACCAUUUCUUUUGUAUUGUACAUGUAAGAGUGAAUUUUGUUUUAACCUUAGUUUUUUUUUGUUUUCCUUUGCCACAGUUACCAAGACCAACUACAAGGAUUCUUUUAAGUCACUUUAAAUGGGAUAAAGAAAAACUACUAGAAAGGUGAGCCAUUUUAAGUAAGAACCAACUACCAUUUAUUAAAUUUAAUAAUAAGUUGUUUUGUAAUGUUAUCAUAUGAUAACGUUUUUCCCUGUCAUCUGUGCCCUUUUGUUUUCUAUCACUGGAGGGUGAGAAGGUGUCUCGUCAUUUUGAAGUAAACUUUGUCAAACAUCAUCCAGUUAUUGUGUAAUGGAGUGCAUGGGAUUAGGCCCCAAGUGACAUCUGAUCUAAUGUCAAAAUUAAUAUAUAUUUUUCUUUCAUUCACAAACAUAAUAUACAGACAAUGAUUUGGAUGGAGAAGCCAGCAGUUUAUCAGAGGUCACCUGAGGCUUAAUUCUGUUUCAAUUGUCUUUUUAAAAACAAAACCAAAGUUUAUGACUUCAGUCAAUUUAUCACAACACAUCCACAGAAAAGCAAAUGAAUUGACUUCCAGUCAAAUACACUCACUAAAAUGACUUGUGACAGCAAGUCGCAAUUUAGAACAAACUUAGUUCAUAUUGUUUAUGUACAUUUCACAAGGUUUUUCAGCUACUCACAAGCAGUUUCAGUUCAAACCCAAAGCACCCCUGAAAUAAGCGCUGAGGGGUUAAUAUUUUAUUCAUCAUAGGUAUUACAGUGGAGAUCAAGACAGACUCUUUACUGAAGCUCAUAUAAUUAGUCCACAUAGAACAAAUGCUAGACCAGUUUCAACUAAAAGGGUAAGUGACAAAAGCUGGUUCAUGAUUUAAUGACCUUUCUUGAUUUCUGAGCAAAAUUGUGAAUAUUACCGUAAUAAUCUUCUGUGCAGAAUGAAUUCUUACCUUUUUGUCCCAAUUCUUUAAUAAUAUUAAAGGAGUUCAUUUUUUUGAAUCUCUGAUAUUGCCUACGUUGCUGAACGUUAGUAAUCUUUGUAAUGCAGGUUAACACAAGGUCGUCAUCAGCAUCAACAGAGGCAAACUGUGAAAUCUGCUUGAAUAUCACACAGGCAUCAGUAAGUGAGAUCAAUACCAAUACCAAGCAGAGCAAGCAAACUGCAAUAUGGUAUAGAUGGUAUCAAUGUAGUCUGCAAACAGGCUCCUAAGUGGAGUGGUGCAAAAAAAAUUGGCACGUGACUUGAGCCAAGCAUGACCUGGGGGAGAAAAAACGGUGCGGGAGCCUGAAGGCUUUGUUUUGAUCCCAUGUAUCCACCCACUUGGAUUUGUCCUGUAACACAUAGGUCAAUAACAUGUCAGUAAAGUAAUUAGACCAGUUAAAUUGUAAUGUUUUUUUUUUUGGUGGCUCAAUGGAUUAGCUUCAAUAACAUUCGUGUGCGCGUAGGUAUUUUUCAUGGAAUGAGGAAGAUAUUCAUUCAAUAAUCAUCACUCACGUGUCAACUGUCAUCGAUCUCACCAAUCAGAUCAUGUAGCAGAAUCUGGUAUCCUGGAUGGGUGGCAUGAAAACAAUGUCUACAGGCUCUCCCAUCUUUUUUUCUCCCAUAGCCUGUGGUCAACUCGUUUGGCUCGCUUAUUUUCUUUUUCACCCUGCUCCAUAUGGGGGCCUGUUCGUGGGCUAGUAUAGAAUGUGUCUUACGAUUGUUACUGCGCUUGAAAAACACUGCCAGAACAAAGUGAUACAAACUACAUGCAUUUUUGAAAGACCUUUACAUUCUUGUUACAUGUAACUCACUGCAGGAUACUCCUUUUGUUCCUACACAGGCUUUUACUGGUUUAGAAUGCAGUCAUAGGUUUUGCAGUAGAUGUUGGAAGGAGUACAUUACUACUAAAGUUAUGGAUGAGCAUGUGGGAGAGGUGGGGUGUAAAUGUAAUGUUUUCUUUUCCGAUUACCUCAGACAAAAGAAAACUAUUGAGUUAAGGAACCAAAUGUUUCUGACUUAGAAAUUAAGACAUUUUCAUAGUCAUUUUCAACUAAUAAUUUGGAUAACUGUGGUAGGCAGCCCAUAAGAUAUUGUACGUUAAAAUAUCAGAAAUUGUGCAAUAUUUUCAAGGUAGAUUGUGCGAUAAGAUAGGUUUAUUAUGCGAUAAACUAUGUGUUUUGGGGGGGGCUACAUGUACGUGUAAUAAAUUAUUAACAUUGGUUUAACCAGGUUUCAAAUUAGAAAAAUCACUUUAAUGUUGUUUAACAGGCAAUUUGAAUGUAAAAGAAUAAUAAAACAUCUAUUUUAAAACAAAAAUAGUUAAAUUUGUCCAAUUAUCUUGACAUGGAAAAGAAAACAAAUAGAAAGAAAGAAAAAGGAGACUUGUUUAAUAUUACAUGUCACCAUUACACUACUGACCACACUGCUUGUCUCUGAAAUCAAAAUGGUGCCUGGAUACCGCGAUCAAAGCUUUCAGAUGUCUUGCAAGGCUUUCCUUACUGGUAAAUCAUCUUAAAUAACAUUAAGAUUGGGAAAAUGUUUGAUUACUUAACUUGAAUGUGCAAUUUUCCUUCAAUUGUGCGAUUGGAUGCAAUUUGAGGUCAAUUGUGCGAAAUCAAACCAUAACAUCAUAUCAGAUGGCUUGGGUAGGAGAUUACUUAGUAUAAAGUUAUCUUCUACCUCAGUUAUCUUUUUGAUUUAAUAAUUACUGUGACAUUUUUCUCUUUUGCAGAAUAUUUCUUGUCCUGCUCACAAGUGUGACAUCCUUGUAGAUGAAGUUUUUGUAGGGUGGGUUUCUAACACAAAUUAACCCUUGUUGCUUCAGUUAAAGCUGUUCCUUCCUUAAUAAUAAUCAUCUUUAACAUAAUGUUUAAAACAUGAACAGCAGUAACUGACUUCAGACUUUUCAGGUUGCUAGUUUUAACGAGGUAUAAAGGUUCUUACAUGUCAUAAAAUUCAUAAUAGUCAAUUGGACAAAAUGCAUAAUGAGUGUUAAUGAGUAUACUGAAGUGUAUUUAUUUUCUGUAAAUCAUAUUCUCUAGCUUCAAAUCUUGGCAAGUUAACCGUAUUGUGUUGUACUGUCAAUGGAUUGUCAUUUUUUUCAUGUUGAGAAUUGGUACUCCUUUCUCUGACAGGAAAGUUGUAAAAGAUAGCAAAGUGAAAGCUCGAUACCACCAUCUGAUAGCUCACAGCUUUGUUGAGGUAGGUUUAGGUAAAAGAAGUAAAGGGUUGAUAGGGAGCUUGAAGGAGCUGUGUCAUAAAAUUUAUUGAAUUUACCACAAAAUUAAGUGAAACAUAAAAAGUAACUGAAACAUAAAAAAUAACUGCUCAGAAUGUUUAAUGAAGGUAUAAAUAACAUAGAAAAUACAAAAUGAGGCACGGAUGGACAAACUUGAAGAAGAUUGAAACAGAUUGUGGCUUUUAAAAUUUGAAAAACCUGAGAUGGACUUUUUGCAUUCUUGGUCAGAGAUUCUGUCCAAAUUUUCAGGCAGAUCAUAGCUAUAAGAGUGAAGACACUUACCAAUACAAACUUGGUGUCAAGGGAUAUUAAAUGGGAAAAGGCCUUACAGUACAUCCGGUAGAUGUGAGUUGCCAAAAUCGUCUUUGCUUAAGCUCCCUAAAAAUAUUCCUCCGGAACUGAACUUGUUAAAAUCUUAAGUACAUGUAAUAAUGGAAACAAAGAAUGGAAGAUAUCUCAUUGGCUAACUACUCAACCACGGGACCUGGUCUGACAGUUUUACGUCAGUUCCGUAACUACCACGAUGCUUUACCAGUGACAUGCCUCUGCGGCUAUACAUUUUGGUGAGUCUCUUCGUCAUUGUUUACUUUGUCCAAUUGGAUUGGAAUCCCGAUUUUCCAAGCAUUAAAAUCCUGUAUAAUCAAUUAUGUAAAGUAGAUUAUUUUGUGUAAACUAAUUUCCUUUCCUUAGCCUGAUUUUUCAAACCACAUGAUUAUCUUAUCAAGUUUGCCUUUACAGGAAAUGAAAAUAAUGUAUCUUUAUGUGCUGUCUUCUAUUGUAGUUUUGGCUGUGGAGAACCAGUUCAUGAGCCUGUUAGAUGCCAUGUAAGUCAGCACUACAUUCAGAUGAGAGUUUGCAGUGCCACUUAAUUGACCAAUGAGAUCAAUGACCAGAUUUUAAUACCAUAAAUUGAUGUGAUACAACUCACCUUGACUCUGAAGAUAGUAUCGCACAGGUUGUCGAAACACCAGCUACUAUCAACAACAGUCCUAUUUAGGACUACCUUCAGCCAGACGAUAAUAUUCCACCUACUUACAUGCAUGAAGUGGCUCCUGGGAGCUCAAACCAUUUACUGUCCAAGCAUUAUAUCUUAUCUGAUUUUUUUUUGUCCUUGUAUAUUUGAGAUUGAGACUGUCUCAAAUUUUUUAACUCCUUUUUAUUUAUAUCUUUAGUGGCUCAAGAAGUGGAUAAAGAAGUGUAAUGAUGACAGUGAAACAUCAAACUGGAUAUCAGCAAACACAAAGGUCUGUUUCUUUUUUAAAACUGCAGUUCUAUCCUUUAUCGGGCACUGUUGAUAAUAACCAAAUGAAUACAUAUUUUUCUUGUAUUAUAAUGUCAGGGACAUUUUCGAAUAACAAAAGGACAAUAACAUCCUUACAGGCUUCACAGUACACUGUUAUCUUUUUUUACCACCGACAUUAGUGUACCAAACAGCAUUAUUGUUGACGUUCCAUUGAGAUGGUAUCUUCUGAACAAACAACCGUAAGUUAUGUCCUGCAGUGAUUUUGUUACCUCUAUGUCCUGCGUCCUUGAUGCAUAAAAAUCCACAGAUGCAAAAUAAUUCAUAACAUCUCGUUUUUUUUUCUUUGUGAAUUUUUCUCCCGCGCUCUACUAUCCGAACGCCUGGAACAGGCUACAUUGUAGUGGGUCGUUCUCCCACCACGUCAAAUUUUAUAGUUUUAUUUUUAUGCACAAGAUUUCCACCCGGGUGAUUUGUGUAAAUGGUAAGCACCCCUUGGUCUGUUGACUUGUCUUGAACCGAUUCCUGGCAGACAAAUGAGAAAUUAUGAUACCUUUUCCAUGUACUGGAACAAGUGAAAUACCUAUACCGGUAUCAGGAUAUACAUGGACAGAUAGACUACCUCUUACCCCGGAUGCGAGAAACACCCCAAAAAAAGAACAUAAAGUCUAGCCUUUGGGCAAGCUGUCAGGGGCCUGCCCUCCCCGCCGCCAGAGCGCCCCGGAGAGCUUGCUCGCAGGCUACCUAAAGUCAUGUACUGUUGGUUUUUUAAGGUUGUUUUUCUCAUUAAUGAGACCUAAUAAGACCCAGAAGUUACUGCUGUUAGAGAUAUUGUUUGUAUUACUCGUGGACCCUAUAAGUGAUUGACCAGUCUGCAACUGAAUUUUGUUAGAUAUUUGUGAUGAACAACACACAAGAACUGUGAAAGGUUUGAACCCAGGAGUCAUUUCAAAAGGUUGAGUUUGAUCGUCCGGGUGAACGUAGUGCUGAAUAGGACUGUUGUUGUUGACAGUGACUGACGUUUAGACAACCUGUGCGGUAGAGAACUAUUUGCAAUUUAUUCUGUUCCAUAGGCUGACUUUUGUUGGAUGUGUCUGGGACCCUGGGAACCUCAUGGAUCAAGCUGGUAAGAAUUCCUCUCUUUUCUGUCGGUUUUGCUGUCACCUUCCAACAUAGCCUGCAUAGCUGGCCUAAUUGUUUUUGCGCAUGUGAGAGUUUUGGCAGCAAGCAAGCCCCGCGGGACGGCUCAAGAAAAUUACAAAACAUCUCCUCUCCAUUCUCCAAACAGCUUUGCAGCUCCUCUGCGAAAACUUUGCUUGUGCUAACGUUCCCAUCGGCUAUACACGCUUCUUCCAACAAGUUGUUUGUGGUUUUCAAAACACUUAUGUCUAGAAAUGCACUUGAACGAGCUGUGUCACGAAAACAUUGGGAACUGCCACCAAAUUGAUUGAAUAAUGGCUCAAAACAUUAAAAGAAGGAAUGAUCGAUCGCAAAAUGAUAAACUUUUGGUAACUUAUUUCCGUCACUACGUAAAUUCUCGCGAAAAACCCAUAGCCAACGACGGCCAUCGAGUUUUCUCGCCAAAAUCGGGACUUCAAAAUCCGACGGCGCGACGGCAACGCAAGAGUAAGCAAAACAACAACUUUGCACGGGAAUCAAACGUUUUUGUAUAUUUUUUUGUCGUUUUUGCACGGCUACGACGUGAAAAAUGCGCAGUAACGUGGGUUCACGUGCGCUCUAUCGUACUGAGAAAGUCUCGUUCUCGUACGGCUUAUAAUCUACAGGUCUCUAUUUUCUUCUUGACUACCUAUUGUUGUUACAUAAAAAAUAGUGUACAGUUGAAAGCUGAGAUCUUCUUUGAGUGUGUGUCUGUAUGUGUGUCAUUAUAUUCAGGUACAGUUGUAAUCGUUAUGACGAGAAAGAUGCCCAGGCUGCCCGGGAUGCUCAAGCUGUAAGUAUUCAUGCUCUGCUGCAGAGGGGUUCAAAUUAAUUUUUGUCGUUUUUUUUGCUCCGAAACCGCUCUUGAUUUAGCCGUCCAAGCACAUUAUUACCUACAUUUGUAUUUGAACCAACACGGUUUGUAAGUAAGAAUACUUCUUUUUCGGUACUGAAAAUACUUGGACCUUCAUAUUUGAUUAUUGAGCUGCCAUCUGCGAGUAUCUUGCAAGAGGUUACCAGAUUGUUCUGCCCCACAAGACCUGUUAUAAUAGCAAAUGUACGUACCUAAAGGCUUAGAGAAUAAAAUAUUGGACAAAGCAUGGAUAAAGUGGAAAUUUAUCAUUUAGUUGGCAAGGGAUGUGACCUAUAAUUUUUUUUACUCAAAGAAAUUCUAACACUAAUAGAUUGAAUUUGAAAAAUACGUUUUGUAGAAAUCACGGCAAGCCUUGGAGCGUUACUUGUUUUACUGUAACAGGUACAUGAACCAUGCUCAGAGUGCCAAGUUUGAAUACAAGGUGAGAUGUUGUACCCUAGUGAUUAUUUGAAAAAACAAAGUUUUGUUAUACAGCGAGUCAGGAAGGAAAAAGUCAAGUAGCCUGCGAAUACAGCCAUCUCUUCUCACUCCUCGUCGCUAGGAACGUUUCGCAGAAGAGACGUCUGCGCUUUAGCGCCGGAAUUUCUAUACUGAUCAAUAGCGGCGAGGAGCGAGGAGAGACAACUGUAUUUGCAGGCUAGAAGUCAAGCACAUGUCAGGGAUACACUGUUACAGCCCCUGAUGGGCAAUGGAAAGUCUGGAAUAUAAAGCAGCCAGACGGUUCACUCGUGUCAGACUAAUUGUUAGUCACUGUAUUUCCUCUGUACUUGCUUAGGACAGUCGUCAUUGUGUCACUUUAAACUUAACUAUGCAGUUGGAGGCACAAAAGAGGUAGGGGUUGGUAUAUCAAAGCUCUCGGCUCUCUCAUCUGCGCUCAGCACGCAGAGCAUGGUCCCGCUCCCUAUCUCAGUCAAAGGGGGUGCACCGCCAUCGCUAGGCCUCCUCUGUUAGCCCAUUCAGUUGUACAUAGUUUUGAUUCUGUUCUCGUUGGUUCUUGUGGUAGUUCUUCAGGUUAGAGUUGCGUUCUCCUUUGCUUUUACCUUCUCAGUAGUAGAGUCUGCCAAGCUUUCAUUAUUUGUGCGUUCUCCGGCCGUUUGUCCGUUAAGACCGGUUUUUCAGCUUACUACCAUUAACGUGGAUAAAGUACAGCAUGAACUCCGCCAUCAUACUAACCCAGACAAAGUUGCAUACCUGGUCCAAGGCCGUAAUGAUGGUUUUCACCUAGGCUUCAAUUACAGUACUUCCUUGAAGCCGGCUCUGGGGAAUAUGGCCUCGGCACUUCUAAACCCUCAGGUCAUCGACAUUUACUUGCAAUCAGAAACUCAGAUAGACAGGGUGGCGGGCCCCUUCUCUCAGCCUCCCCUGUCUGACCUCCAUGUGAGUUAUUUCGGCGUCAUCCCCAAACGCCACCAACCUGGUAAGUGGCUCCUCAUCCUGGACCUGUCAAGUCCUGCUGCCCACAGUGUCAACGACGGGAUUGCUGGCGAGCAUUAUUCUCUACAGUACAUGAAAGCAGAUGAUAUUAUUGCGGCCAUAAUGCGGAUGGAGCGGAGUUCCCUUAAGGCGAAAUUUGAUGUGCAAAAUGCAUACCGUAUUGUGUCAGUCCACAGAGGUUAUUAGGUAUUAGGUAUGAAAUGGCGUGGUGCUUUUUAUGUCGAUAUGGUCCUGGCUUUGGGCGUCAGGUAAGCUCCAUAUUCUCUGUACAGCAUACGUAGUGGAGUGGAUUGCAAAGGGAAAUUAUGACUCCCACACUCUUGGCCCUCCCGGCUCCUCUGCCUGUCAACACAAUGUGGACAGGUCUAUUGAUUGCUUCUCUGAGCUCGGCAUCCCCCUCCAUCCAAAAAACUGGAAGGGCCGUCUACGUGCCUAACCAUCCCCUGGGCAUUGAACUAGACUCGCUUAGUCUGCAGGCGCGCCUUCAUAAGGACAAAUUUGGUAGGAUAAUUGCCUUGUUGUGAGGUGUGGUCGCAGAAGCGUUGGUGUAAACGCUAGGAACUGGAGUCUGUAAUAGGUCACCUUCAGUUCAGCAUACUUGCAAGGUCGUACUCUAAGGCCACUUUUUCUUGCGCCGAAUCAUCAACCUGUCAUGCGCUUUUCGUCGCAAUGACCACCCGAUUCGUCUCAAUCAAGAGUUCUUUCCUGACCUGGCCUGGUGCCAAGAGUCUUAACAGCCAUGGAAUGGUUGCAGCUUCCUUCAGUACCCUCAGUGGGCUCCACUAUCCGACUUCGAGGUUUCUUCAGACGUCUCUGGGGCUCUUGGUUAUGGAACAAUUUUGCUGUGUGACUGGUUCUCAGGCGCGUGGCUUCCAACACAGUCUCUCAGUCAAUCGAGUCCCUAUCAUCGUGGCAGCUACCUUUGGGGUCCCUUAUGGGCAUCCAAACGGGUUAACUUUCCAUCAGAUAGUCGCUCAUUGGUGGAAAUACUGCGCUCUGGCACUUCUAGAGCCCCUACCAUUAUGUCCCUGGUUCGCUAUCUGUCCCUGUUGGUAGCUCCUGAUUCCUUUUCUUUCACUUCCUCCCCGUUAGAGGGAAGUCUAACCCAAUCGCCGACUCUCUGUCUCGCUUUCAGUUUCAGCGUUUCCGCCGGCUAGCCUCUCAUGCAGACUCCAUUCCGACCCAGAUUCCGCAGCAGCUCCUCUCGGAUUUGGAUCUUUUUUGUCAGAUUAAUUCCACUUCUACUUGACUCAGGAUUUUGCCCCUACUAUUAGGAAAGUUUAUGCCUCUGCCCAAACGCUGCUUCUUGGAUUUCUUUGCUCAGGACAAUAGCUCAUCUCCUUCUGGAUCAGCUUUUCCAGCCAGUGAAGAUGCGCUUAUACGUUUCUGCAGUCAUUUUGCCGAUACUCUCCACCAUUCAUCGAUAAAGGUUUAUCUUUCAGCAAUCCAGGCCCCUCACAUCGAGGAGGGUCUGCAUUCUCCUCUAGUUGGUUGCCUUCGGUUACAGCGCGUGUUGUGAGGUAUCAAACGUCACCAAGGCUCAAACAAGCGUCAGCUUGGAAUGGAAUGGAGGCUCAUGGUUGGAUUGCGGGAAUUUGCCAGCCUUGAGAGCAGUAUUCUAUCUGGGGGCUGGCUGGCCGCAGUGGAAACCCCUGGGCAUCCCAAGUGCCCACCUUCCACGUAAGCAAGGCAGUUGGUUAACUGACCGAAUCUUGUACACCAACAUUGAGAGAGUGGAACGACGAAAAGUGUCCCAACAAUUUUGACUGAUACUGUAUCUAAUCUUUUUGUCCGCUCUUUCGCUUUGGGUGUUUUAAAAUUGUUGAAUAACCCUCGGAGCAACCAACGAAAACAGGUUUUAAGUUUAUUUAGUCUUUUAGAAUAUCUUAGAUAUAUAAUCUUUCAUUCUGCGCCAGAGAACUCAGUACUCGUAUACGCUGUAGCUGAGAAUAGAUUUAUGCUUGACGUACGCCAGUGUUUAGAGCUUUUGCAUGCUUGAUCUCUUUAGCUGUAUGCCCAGGUGAAGCAAAAGAUGGAAGAAAUGCAGCAGCACAACAUGUCAUGGAUUGAGGUUUGUGUUGGUGCUGUUUAGAUUUCCUUUAGCUUAUUAGUUAGAUUAAACACCGCGCUAACGACGAACGUUGAACGUCAGCUAGACGUUUGUCGUUUGCCGUGCCGUUCGCUGUGUUUGUUUGUUUAAGUUCCCCGUCAGCACAGCAGAACUGGAAGCUAAAAACGAGGGUGUUAAAAAUAUGAACAAGACGUGUCUUAGAUAUUUGAAAAUAAACUAGGUAUUGACUACACGUUUCCACGUUUCUUAAUUUUUUUAAAACUAAGUAAAAUAUGUAUGAUACACGGUAAGUGUUCUCGGUCGCCAUUCACUAUGACUAGACAAAAUAAACUGAGAAGCUGUCAUCUUUUUUCGCUUUAUUUUGAAACUCUUUUAGCUUUACAAACAGUGCAUAUAGAAGAAGGAUGAUUAACGAAGUAUAGCUAAUAAAAGCAAGCGAUCAAAAUGAAGAAAUAGUCGGUAGAAAUGGGCUGCAAAAAUUCUCGCGUUUCCUCCAAACGGGAGAAAUACCAUCCUUGCGUUGAAACGGCGGCUGGUAAACAGCAAACGCGGUAAAAGUCAGGUCACGUGACCCUUUCUGCCGUUCGCGGGAAAAAUGCGCGGUACAUAUUCUCUCAGUUGUUGUUGUCGUUGUAAAGAAUAGUUUGAUAAGAGGAUUGUAUGCUCUCUCUCUAGGUCCAGUUUCUUAGAAAGGCUGUGGAUGUUCUGUGUUUAUGCAGGAACACACUGAAAUAUACCUACGUCUUUGCUUUCUACCUGAAGAAAAACAACCAAUCUGUCAUCUUUGAGGUGAAUCCUUCUUGUUGAAUUUUUGCAUUAUCAAUAGCGUAAUACUGAAACCAUUUCAGACCCCACAUUUUCACAUCGUCCAGCUGACAUGAUAAGCGGAGCUCCACUGAUCUUGCAGUGUUCGCACAGUCUUGAAUUCAAAAGUCCUUGAAUUUUAGGGGAAGUCCUUAAAAAGUCCUUGAAUUCCAUUUUUCCUUAAAAAGUCCUUAGAUUCCUGUGAAAAGUCCUUGAAAACUGAGGUUUUAUUUUUGUUUUUUUAAAAUGAUUUUUGGCAAGUGAAGUGAAUCAAGUUUUGAGCAAGUGAAAUGAAAAAUGUAGAGAACUUGGUGGAACAAACAGUUCAAGUCCUGUCAGAAUGGACUGGGAAUGUGCGUUUUGUGUAAUCUGUGAAGUUACGUUCCUUGUAGGUGGUCCUUGAAAUGUCCAUGAAAAUUCCUUAAAAAAUGGUGGCAAAUUUUUGUUUGAACCCUGUCUUGUUUUUCUUGCUCGAGUUUCAAGACCUUUAACGCGAUGUUACACGGGACAAUUCGCAACGACGAUUUUUAGCUCAACACAGUGUUGCAAUGCUGGAACAAUGUUGUAACCAUUCGAAACAAUGUCACAACAAUGUUACAACGCUGUGUUGCGCUAAAAAUCGUCGUUGCGAAUCGUCUGGUGUAACAUCACCAUUAUUCACACCUUCAAUUAAACCCUUCCACCAAAAAAUGGUUUGCCUGGAUGUUAAUUUUAAAAUUCUAGCUCGCCCAUCAAGAAUUAAGGUGAUGUUACACGGGACGUUUUGCAACGACCAUUUUUAGCGCAGCACAGCGUUGCAGUGUUGGAACAGUGUUGUAACUAUUCGAAACAAUGUUGCAACAAUGUUCCAACGCUGUGUUGCGCUAAAAAUCGUCGUUGCGAAUCGUCUCGUGUAACAUCACCUUUAAGUUAAUGCGCUAUAUUCCACUUGCCUCAUUACAUUUUGUGAAUAGUGAUCUUCUUUCCAAAUUUGUUGUAUUUGUUGAGUGAAAUCCAUAAUAGACUUUAAGAUUUGAGAACAAGGACGAUUAGGAGGACUAGAUUUGACUGAAAGUUCAGUUAUUUCGCGUAUUCCGAAAAAAAUAGGACACCUUGGAAAGAUUCAUUUUACGUUUUUUCACCAGAAAAGUUAACACGGGUUAUUUUAUUAAACGAGGUUAAGCCUUCACCCGAUUGCAAAAAUGAUAAAACUUCUUACUUCCAUCACUGUGACAUUUUCGCUAAAACCCGUAGAAGAAUGCUGGGCAACGGCUAUCACUUUUUCCCGCUAUCACUUUUUCACACUCGUGCACCACAAAUUAUUGAGAAAGUCUCGUUGUCGUAGUUGUCCUCGUCUUAGAAGCUAAAGGUCUCUAUUGUGUCAACACAGGAUAACCAAAAAGACCUCGAAAUGGCUACAGAAACUCUGUCAGAGUACCUUGAGCGUGAUAUAACGUCUGAGUGUUUAUCAGAUAUAAAACAAAAGGUUCAAGAUAAAUACAGGUACGUGCCCUGAGUAGUUACUUCAGUUUCUUUUGUGUUCAAUUUUCAACAUUUUUGAGGCAGUUAUUUCGGGUCCCAGGUCGGUAGCUUAAGGAAACAGCCCACAUUUGGCGACGCCACCAUUGGUUUCCAUGCGAAAUGGCGUCUGAGAAACGAGCGGAGAUAUUCCAUAUUGGUGUCAGCGAGUAACCAGACCUGGGUAGUGCUUUUGAUGGGUUGAAGCGAGUUUCCCUCGCGGUAUGGUCAAAGAAGAAAAAUACUGAAUUUCAAACCAAGCGAUACAAAAAUGUUCAGAUAUCUUGUGCACCCUAAGGCUUUUCUUUAAAAAGGCUUGGCCCUGAAAAAUUCAGAAUGGGGUUCAUGUGGCCCUCAUUGGCCAAUUCCUAGGAUCCUUUAGCAAAGUUGCACCGAUGAGUAUAUAUCGUAUGGCGUAUUUUUCUGGCAAAUGAUCGCUCGGUACGUCCUGUAUGUAGUCAUCAUUUUUUAUUUUGACCGCAGCGGUGAGCUCUUAUAAACUGGCUUUUGUGAGCCAAAAAGGCUAUCUAUGAGCUGAACUUGAUGAAUUGUUCUUAUUAUUCCUAGGUAUUGCGAAGCGAGGCGAAAAGCACUUUUAGACCACGUAUACGAGGGAUACGAGACCGACAUUUGGGAGUACGUCGAUUACGACUGA